AUGGGCGAAGGGCAGAAAGCUAGAAUUAAAGUGCUGCUCAUAUUUGCGGGCGACAAUGAGCAGUACUGUAGAAAGAAACGAAUAGCAAGAGAAAAAAGGCAUGUGCAACGGGUAGCAAUCGGUUCUGAGUCGGAAAAAGAAGAGAAAGCGAGAAGAAAGUUGCAGGACAUAUUGAAGAGAAGGGAAGAAAUCAAGAAGAAGAUUUAUCGAAAGAAAACCCAGAAAAGGGAGGAUAGCUGUACUAGUAUACAAGAUUUGUUUGGAGGUAGCGGUGGCUUAUCUCUAACUGGAAUCAGUCGACCAUCAGAUAGUCAAUCUCUCCCCAGUGCCUCCAGAGAUUCAGUUCACAUCUCGAGUACGAUUAUACCUGAUAGUAUGGACACGUUACCCAUUAGCGAGAAAACCUUCGACGUUGAUACCGCUGUCCGUAACGUAGUAGAGGACUCUCAGUACUCUGGAAAGAGUUCCUCUAACUUUCUCCCACCUGACGAGGACGCUGUUUUUCUGGACACUCAGGGAAUGUUACGUAGUGGUCUUGAUAUCAGUGGUGAAGGAGGAAUAGACGCUCUCGCUGGAGACGGUUCCCUGCUCGACAAUUCCAUGGACCUGCUAAAUCUCUGUUCAGGACGCUUUGGGUCGUCAGCUGCGGAUAGUGGAGGUUUUGGGGGCACGGCCCCCGAUAGUGGAGGUUUUGGGGGCACGGCCCCCGAUAGUGGAGGUUCGGGGGGCAGGGUUACAGUUCAGGACAUCAGUUUUAACCUGGCUACUUCUCCCAGCCUAGUUGGAUCUGGACUAUCCCAAACACCAAACCAUUCUAGAACACCCUCCUAUAAAAACCGGACACCACUUCCAAACGGUGACCCGGACCAAACUACACUUUUUAAGGGCGGCACGGAUCAGACACCCCUGAGAAAGGGGCUGUCUCAGACACCUCUGACCAGGUUUGGUAACCUUGCAGGGUUACUGAGUCAAGAGAGUGAUGAAGAGGAGGAACAUGUCUCUAGUAAAGCCAAAGGAAAGAAACGUCGAGCACUGUAUUCUGACUUACUUGACAAUGAAGCUGAAAAGAGUGGUUCAGAUCACAGUGAUGAUGAAAACGAAGAGGACCAUGAUGAGUAUGACAAGAGUAUGAUGGCGAAGGACUCGGAACUGCCCUCGGACGAGGAAGAAUUAGCCGCCCAGCUGAAACUAGCCUACCAUGACCAGCAGGCGUUAGAUGAGAAGGAUCAGAUUAAACGGCUCAAGGAGAGAUUCAUUCAGGAGGAGCAAGGAUUUUUUAGGACUCGUAAAUUCCACGGCGAAGAUUCCAACAUGGAUUUAUUUUCAACAAACCUUGGACUCGACUUCGAGGACGAUAAUGUGGAGACGAGUGCUGAAACAUAUAAGGAGGCUAUGGAAAAGCGAACUGAACGGUUAAAAAGGGAGCAGUUUGUUAAAGAAAAGCGCAUAAAAGAGGCAAGCAAAAUGAACAGGGUUGAUGAGGACAGUCAAGCGUUUCUAGACACCCUCCAAGACAUCACCGACUCAAAUUCCAGAUCUGCGUUCUCCUCGAGUCAGCAAUGCGGUAGUUUCCUCAAGCACACAACCGGGACUCUGUCCAGACUAUCCAGCGUUACCUCGUCCUCCCUGAAUUCUGAUAAAACCAGCAACCGGGCGUACGUGUUUCAGACUGUUAGUCCGGGCCAGACCAAGAGGAAGAGCAGUGGCAAGUUUGCAAGUGAGCCGAAACGUCCCAAAAAAUUCACGAGUUCUGGUGUGCCAGCCAGCCCUUCAACAGACGGCAGUAAACUUAAGAGUAUCUUCAACGUUAUCAAAUGAAUUACGUCAUCAAACUAAUUACGUAAUCAAACUAAUUACGUCAUCAAGUGAGGGUUUUAAUCUUGACACACAGCGGCAUUCGAAUUGCAAAUGGAUCAAGACAGUUUUACAUCAGAAAAUGGGAGUUUUGUUGCACUUGAAGCAGAAGAGGGUCGCUCAUAUAAGACGUCAGCUGCAGCCUAGAAGGAGCGGGGUUCGGACAAUUUUACGCUAAUGUAAUUUCUACAUAAUGAAAAUGUCUACGUCAUAAAAAAGGUUGUAGAGAAACGAGAGUGCUCUUAAAUGGCCAAUCUAUGGCUUACGUAAACAAUCUUUUAGAUUGUUUUCCUUCAUAUUGGAACAUUUUAUGACUGUUAUUAGAGCUUUUUUCAUAGUUUUGUUUGUAUAUCAGAUUAUCCUGAUAAAGUAGUUGCAAAUUUCUGUGUUUGAUACCGAAUACCGAUAGACAUUUUCCACUCUGUUAGAAUUUAAGCAUAUUUGAGAUGUACGACAAUGUCAAUGGACAACCACGAUCAGUGUCAGUAAAAUGGUAUGGAUCCAUAUAUAUCGUCUCGCUUUAUAUAUACUUAUAGUAAGAUAUGUCAAUCGAAUAUAACUUUAUGAGCAG